UUUAAAUUGCCUACGCGGUUAGGAGUGGUACAGUGCAGAUGGGAGAUCGCUGCCUGGGCUUCGUGCUGCCUCUUUGCAUGCAGAGCAAAAGCCCAGCUGCAGACCCCGACUUCUUUUACUACAGGUCUCAUCCCAGUUUAUGGAAAAAAGGAGAAAAAGUCAGAGUCUCGACUCAAAUUCCACACACAUGCGGCACUGUUGAUUUAUAUAACGAAGGAAAAUCAAAUGCCAGGGUUCAUCCAGGACCACAUCUGCCGCUGUCGCAUCUAAGGACACCGGGGGCGUCAGUUUUUGCUGAUCUCUGCAUCUCUGCGUUGUUUUAGGGUGGCGAUCUGAGAGGGGGAAAGGGCGAAUCGCAAAGGGUGCACGCUUUUCGAAACCUAGUGCAACUUGUUGUGGGGACGAGGACUCGCCGCAUCCCCCCCCCCCUUCCCUAUCAGCAGCAUAACGCGGCGGCUGCGGCCAGUUGAUGGUGUUACUGCAUAGCGGCACCUGCAAUGUAUGGCUGGGAGCGGAGGCACUUGUGCUCCAUGCGUGCAUAACGCCGAGAUACAAGGCACGGCGGCUUUACCAUCUGCACCGAUGUUUUUCUGAGAAGGCGGCAUCCCCAGGGACUCUGCGAGCAUUACCGGGUUUAGGUGAAGGUGAAGCUUGACCCAGGCGUCUUUUCUGUGUCGAGGUGGUUUUUUUUAAUCCGCUGAGGUCCCAGUGCUAGGCUCCGGCCUCACACCCCCCUCCGAGAUGACGGUGGCUACUGGGGACUCUGCAGAUGAGGCAGCAGCCCAUCCCGGUCAACCCCAGGACACCUACGACCCUGAGGCUGAUCACGAGUGCUGUGAGAGGGUGGUCAUCAAUGUGUCAGGCCUGCGCUUCGAGACACAGCUGAAAACUCUGUCCCAGUUCCCCGAAACCCUGCUGGGGGACCCUAAGAAGAGGAUGCGCUACUUCGACCCCCUGAGGAAUGAGUACUUCUUUGACAGGAACCGACCCAGCUUCGAUGCCAUCCUGUACUACUACCAGUCAGGGGGCAGGCUGCGACGGCCCGUUAACGUUACGCUGGACAUCUUCUCGGAGGAGAUCCGCUUCUACGAGUUGGGCGAUGAAGCCAUUGAGAUUUUUCGUGAAGAUGAGGGAUUUAUCAAGGAAGAGGAGAAGCCGCUACCUGACAACGAGUUUCAGAGACAGGUGUGGUUACUGUUCGAGUAUCCCGAGAGCUCAGGCCCAGCCAGGAUUAUCGCUAUCAUAUCCGUGAUGGUCAUCCUUAUCUCUAUUGUCAGCUUCUGUCUGGAGACCCUGCCCAUUUUCCGCAGUGAGGAGGAGGAGAUGCACAAGGUCUACCAGCCCUUCUCCAACACCACCUCCAGCUAUCACACAACCUACUUCACUGACCCAUUCUUCAUUUUAGAGACGCUUUGUAUCAUCUGGUUCUCAUUUGAGUUCCUGGUACGCUUCUUUGCCUGCCCCAGCAAAGCGGGCUUCUUCGUCAACAUUAUGAACAUCAUUGACAUUGUAGCCAUCAUUCCCUAUUUCAUUACACUCGGAACUGAGCUGGCUGAGAAACCAGAGGAUGGCCAGCAAGGGCAGCAGGCGAUGUCCUUAGCUAUUCUCAGAGUCAUCAGGUUGGUCAGAGUUUUCCGGAUCUUCAAGCUGUCCCGACACUCUAAAGGGCUGCAGAUCUUAGGCCAGACCCUGAAAGCCAGCAUGCGUGAGCUAGGCCUGCUUAUCUUCUUCCUCUUCAUCGGAGUCAUCCUCUUCUCCAGUGCUGUCUACUUCGCCGAAGCCGAUGAAGCAGACUCCCAGUUCAUCAGCAUCCCCGAUGCUUUUUGGUGGGCAGUCGUCUCUAUGACUACAGUUGGCUAUGGUGAUAUGGUUCCCACCACCAUCGGAGGCAAGAUUGUGGGGUCCCUCUGUGCCAUCGCCGGAGUGCUGACCAUUGCACUGCCUGUGCCAGUCAUCGUCUCCAACUUCAAUUACUUCUACCAUCGCGAGACAGAAGGUGAAGAGCAGGCACAGUACCUGCAGGUCAGCAGUGUCCCGAAGAUGGAUUCCACCGAGGACCUGAAGAAGAGUCGAAGCGGCUCCAUGAUGAGCAAGUCCGACUAUAUGGAGAUCCAGGAAGCGGUGAACAACAGCAGUGAGGACUUCCGGGAGGAGAACCUCAAGACGGCUAAUUGCACUCUCGCCAACACCAACUAUGUCAACAUCACAAAGAUGCUAACAGAUGUAUAACCACUCUGUUCAGUCAUGUUGACGGCAGGGGACUGGGAUCUGAGGAAAAUGGCGGGACCUUCCUGCUUUGUGUGGCUCAGGCCCCAGGUGGAUUUCAGAAGCCGGGAGCAGAAGAUCAGUAGAGCGGACCCUACUGUACACCCCUCAAAAACCCUCGCUCUUCCUUAUUCCUCAUUCUGUCCAAACUGCCAGAAUAUUCUGCAUACUUCUUAUGGUGUCUGCAUGGAGUUAGUCUUUUCUAUGUGACUGUUAAGUAGAUCAUAUCCUGCUUGCAAUGGUAGCUAAACAAGUAGCUAAUUAGAGAAUUAAACUUACCACAUAAGGAUUCCACUCUCUGUCCUCCCUCCCCCCCAACCCCAAAUUCUGACCUCUCCUGUACUCUAUCCUAAGGCACAUCUUCAUCAUCCCCUACCUUUCCCUCUGAGGCUGGUGGCAUUUUUUGUUCACUUCCAAAGAGUACUUCAUUUAACGUGCUUCAUUUAACGACUCCCUUCACUUUUUUUGUGAAAAAGACUGAGCGGAACAACCGGAAGGAAACAUUUAUCCCUCUUGAGGAUUUAUGCACUGGGAACUUCCGCUGCAGUGACUUGCUGCCCACCGAUUCCCUAGAGAAUGUGUGUUGCCCACGUUAUGGAACGGGCACUCAAAAGCACCCACGGGGUGCUCGUCCAACAGGGAUGACUCACGGCAGCACUGGAAUAUAGCUGAAAACCUCGGCCCUGUUAUUUGUAUUUUUUCUGCAGUGUGUCUUUCCGUUGAGGAAGCCAUGGAUGGAUGUCACGCCUCUUCUCUCACUGCAGAGAAAGGGCUUAAAAACUAGAGUGAAUGUCUCUCUCAUUUAUUUAUAUCUAUCUGCCGAUACACUUCCUGCGGCUGGUCCUUGACUGAACCUGUACUCCUUCCUCUCAUAGCUGAGGGUUCUCUAAGUAUGGUGGGCUACAGUGCCCACCUCCCCACCCCACCCCACCCCACCCCUGAACAGUACGUCACUACCAAACACAAGGGAGAGAUACGGCUUAAGAUAAAGGAUAACUUGCACAGAAUAGUUUAUAUGUCAGGCAGAUUGCUUGGCAUCCUGCUAAUGUUCUUUCACACCCCAAAUCACUACAUCCUGCACCAUGAACAUUGUCCUCAAGUCUUCCAUACAUCAUUUCAUACAGAACAUUAUAUUGUUUGAGGCUGCUGUACUUAUAACACACCACAGCCUAAGUAAAUUUCUGACUGACUUUUAGGUCGCCAAAGAUUGACUCACUGCCUUUUGACGCUUGUCUGUCUUGGAUGAAAUGAUCCAUCGACGUUUGACUCAACCUCUGGCAGGAGUGGGUCUUGUGUCACCAGUGGAGCCCUUUAAACUGACUUUAAACUCAUUUCUUGAAGAAAAGCAUCCUUCCAGUGCAUGCAGUGACAUCCAUUGCAGCAUGCAUUUUCAUAUAAAUACCACUCAAGCAACAUAUAAAUAUUCAUAUCACCAUUAACUCUUUUUGUCUCUCAGGCCCUAACAUUAUGUGCAAUAUACUAUUGUCUUUUUAUUGUUAGAUUUUUGCAACCUUUUUAUGUACUUUUUAUGCAUUUGUAGGUCACCUUUAGGAUCUUCCAAUGGAGAGGUUGCUCAUUUCACCAUAUCGGAUGGGAGUCAUGUGAUCGAAUCGGCACUGUCAUGUAGGUCAUAUGAUCAUGAAGCCAAGCUGUCAGGAUUUGAGGUGUGAAAACAGGUUUCCCCUUUCCCACAAUGCAUCACCUAUGAGACCCCUGAAGCAUUGCAUCAUAUUGGCUUUGUGUCUCACUUCUCACAGCCUUUCUCAUGCCUUUGGCAUUAUGAAAAACCAAACGUGUUGGUUCCCCAAGCUUCUGCAUUUCUGAAUGUAUGUAUCACAUUCUACUGAUAUUGGCAUUGGGUUGUAUUUUCACAAAUCUCGUUCCAUUCCACAGAACCUUGGCUGUGCUGGGUUUCUGGUUUACUGACCAUGAUUUAAUGUAUACUGAAUAAUACGUCAACAGUUUCAUGUGCAAUACAGCCUCUUACCUACUGGUGCCCAUAAGGAACAAUCGUUACGUAGCACUUAGGACACGCAGAGCCAGCUUGUGGUUAUUUUUAGGGUACACGAUGGGCUAUACUGGUGGUGGUUUUUGUUAUUCUUUUUUGUUCCAGUUGAGUUUCCGUACCUCCUUUCUGCUGUCCCACCUCUUUUGUAUUCAUGUUACGGAAGCACAACUGGACCGAGUCAGGGUCCAACCUAAAUAUCCAUGGACCCCAAAGACCAAGGCAAACUAUGACAUGGACCAAUGAAUGCGAAAAGGAACAUACUGGCCAUUCUUAUCUUUAAAUAAAUAAGCUUUAUGGGUGGGACCAGUACCCAGAACUUAGUGCUGCUGUUGACUGUUUGAUACAGUUUCUGCAACUGCCCGACUUCAAUUUGGAUGCAUAUUGAAGAAUUUAUCCGUAAAUGAAGCGAGUUUAUCUUAGCCUGUAUAAGUAGUUGUACUUACAGGUUCAGGACUUUGACCAUUGUUUAUCACAUGUUGCUUUUGUUGUAUGGGUGGUGCAGAAAUUGAGCUUUGUACAGCUUCUGCUAUGUACAGUAAUACCCGUUGGUAAUGCACUCUUAGGUACCCUCAUAUCCUAGUAAUCCAGUAUAAAUAGCAAACACUAUAGUACUAGGUUUAGGUCGGUAUACUCUAUGGACAAAACAACAGAAGCUCUUGCAUGUGACAUCACCAUGGAAGUUACUGUUAUCUAUGUUUCCGCGGUGAAAGAUGGAGACUCGGGCCUUUCCUGUUGCAGCAUCUGUUUCUUCCUCAGUUGGGAGCAGAGUGGAGGAGUGUGACUCCCCACUGCUUCCGAAGCUUCCUCAGAACAUUCCGGAGUGAGCAAUGGGCAGAGCCUUAUACGGACACGCACCACCUCCCAUGCACAGUACUAGAUAGAGGAUGGUGCCUAGUUGUAUAUUUACAAGCAGGAUCUUGUUUGUGUGACUGGGUGUAUGUAUGAGAAAUAAGGAUAUGCAUACUAAAAAUGUGUGUGUGUGUGUGUGUGUUCAACAGCUGCUGUUUUAUUCUGACCGUGUGGCAUGUAUGGUUUUCCUGAUGCUACCAGGCAGUUCCUGCUUCGGGGGGCGCUGUUGACUUAGCAGUGCCGGGAUCAGUUGGACCUGUCACCCAAUGGGCCUGUCACCCAAACCUGCAGCUAAAGACUUUCAGAGGUUACUCAGAAAAGCUACAUCCCCCAUGGAGAGCAAGUACAGAGCCGGUCAGCCAGUUGGGCCAUCAGAACCCAAGUUUGUGCUCACAAGUGUCAUCGAGGAUACCUCUGGAGACUCCCCCAGAUCAAGGUGACCUGACUUCCAAUAAUAUCUGUACAGAGCAGACUUCUUUUUUUUCUAAAAUAAAGAGACAAUAAAAAGAGAGGAAAUGAAUAAGUUUACGCCACAUGUCUGAGGAUGUCACUCCGGAUAUGACUGCUGAUGAAAUACUGCACUGGGAUUACAGGAAGCCCUAAAAGACGAUCUUGGAGAGACACUGCAGUCUAAAGUUAUCUAGUCCUUCCAAGUUAUAACUGUCAUAUGAAUAAUAUCAAUAACGAUGAUGAUGAUAAUAAUAACAUGAUGAU